AUGGCUGCAAGUGAAACCGUUCGAGUUAUUUUACGAUGUCGACCGAUAAACCAACGUGAAAUUGAUUUAAAAUGUCAAACCAUAGUUUCAAUGAGUGCAGAAUUAAAUCAAGUUCUAUUAGAACAUGUUGAACAAAGUAAUGAACCACCAAAACAAUUUACAUUCGAUGCAGUUUAUCCAGAAGAUUCAAUAACUGAAAAUAUUUAUGCUGAAUCAGUUUUUCCACUUGUUGAAAAUGUACUCGAAGGAUAUAAUGCAACAGUAUUUGCUUAUGGACAAACAGGAAGUGGAAAAUCUUUUACAAUGCAAGGAAUAAAUACACCAGGUUCGCUACAACGUGGUGUUAUACCUCGAUCAUUUGAGCAUAUAUUUGAUGCAUCAUCAAUAGCAAGUGGUACUAAAUAUCUUAUUCGUUCAUCUUAUCUUGAAAUAUAUAAUGAAACUAUUCGUGAUUUACUUGCCAAAGAUGUUAAAACAGCACUUGACCUCAAAGAACAUCUUGAUAAAGGUGUUCAAGUACAAAAUUUAUCAUGGCAUCCAUGUUCAAGUGUAAACGAUUGUGAACGUCUUAUGGAAAAAGGAAAUCGAAAUCGUGCAACAGGUGCUACACUUAUGAAUAAAGAUUCUUCUCGAUCACAUUCAAUAUUUACAAUUGUUACGGAAAUGUGUAAAAGAAGUGAAACUGAUGGAAAAGAUCAUAUUCGUGCUGGUAAACUUAAUUUAGUUGAUUUAGCUGGUAGUGAACGACAGUCAAAAACACAUGCUGAAGGUGAACGUUUACGUGAAGCAACUCGAAUUAAUUUAUCACUUAGUGCAUUGGGUAAUGUUAUUUCAGCAUUAGUUGAUGGACGUUCAAAACAUAUUCCUUAUCGUGAUUCAAAAUUAACACGACUUUUACAAGAUUCACUUGGUGGUAAUACAAAAACAUUAAUGGUUGCUUGUAUAAGUCCAGCUCAUGAUAAUUAUGAUGAAACACUUUCAACAUUACGAUAUGCUAAUAGAGCAAAAAAUAUUAAGAAUAAACCUCGUAUUAAUGAAGAUCCACGUGAUGCUCAAAUGAAAUUAUUACAAGAAGAAAUAAAUCGUCUUAAACAAGAACUUCUUAAUGCAGGAAAUAUAACUCGUCCAAAUCAAUUAUUACCACCAGAGAAUAUUGAACCUCAAGUUAAUCGUGAUGAAGAAAUUGAAAAAGAAAGAGAAAGAUUACGUGCUGAAUAUGAACGUGAAGUAUCUGAAAUACGUCGACAAUAUCAAUUAGAACGUGUAAAUAAAGAAGAUCUUCAACGAAAAUAUGAUGAUCUAAGAGUACAAUAUGAUAAUGAACUCGAUGCUUUAAAUGCUAGUCGAAUUAAAGAUGAAAAUUUACAACCAUCACCAGUUGAAAGUGAAACUAGUAAAACAAAAAAGAAAGGUAGAAUUCCUAAACAACGACGUAAUGGAGAAGAAAUAAUAAAUGAUCAAGAUAUUAUUGAUGGAGAUAAUACAUCAAUACCUAUAGAUAAUACAUCAAUACCUAUAGAUAAUAUAGAUCAACAACAAAAACUUGAACGUUUACAAGAAUUAGAACAUAAACUUGUUGGUGGUGAAGAAGUAAAUAAUGAUGAAAAAAGAAAGAAACGUAAAAAAAAAUUAAAUGAUAUGCGUGAAAAACUCGAACAACGAAAACGUCUUAGUAAAGCAAUUAAUGCUGAUGAUGAUGAUGCAAUGUUAAGAGUUUUUGAUAAUGCUCAAGAACAGCUUCAUUUUACGGCUAAAAGAUAUGAAAAUGAAAAAAUUGAAAAUCAACGUUUAAAAGCUGAUAAUGAAGAUUUACAACAUGAAUUUCAACGUGAACGUGAAGGAUAUUUAAAUACAAUUCGUGAACAAGAAAAACGACUUCUUCUCUAUCGUACAAUAAUUGAUAAAAUGAGUAAUAUUAUACCACGUAGUUGUAAUUAUAGUAAUAUUGAUAGAAUUAUUGAACAAGCUCGUUAUGAUGAAGAAAAAAAUCAAUAUAUUCUACCUGAACCAACUAUGGAAAAUAUUCAAUUACCUCAAAUGGGAAAUUUACCAGCAACACCAACAACAACAAAUGGACGUAUAACACAAAGUGAUUAUAUUAUACCAACAAAAUCAAUAUCAACACCACCAGUAACUGAAUAUGAAGAUGAUUUUAUUGUACCAACAUCAACUAAUAAUAAUCAUAAUCAUAAUCAUAAUCAUAAUCAUAAUCAUAAUCAAAAUCAAAAUCAAAAUCAAAAUCAAAAUCAAAAUCAAAAUCAAAAUCAAUAUUCAACUAUGAAUACAGAAGAAAUUGAAAAACGUUAUGGACGCUAUGAUACAUCAUAUUUACCAACAGAAAAAACACGUAUUAGACGUCAAGAACAUUUAUUAAAUGAAAGUUCAAUUUUACAACGAACAAAACGUCCAUUACAAAUGAAUAAUAAUGAUAAUGAUUAUAUGAAUCGUCGUCUUAAUCCAUUUGAAGCACCAGCUCGACUUAGUCGUAAAUAUGGUUCUUCAUCGGAUAAACAGUAAAAAACAAAAUGCAUACAUAUAAAACUAACCCGUGCACAAAUAUAUAUUCUUUCAACCGGUCAAAGAUGAUAUUAUUUUCUUUUUUAUUCUUACUAGUCGUAUGCGAUCUUAUACUUUACCUAUACUCAAUAACAACAAAACAAACAAAAGACAUAUAUAUAUAUAUAUAUAUUUGGUGAUAUUACAUCGAGCUUUUUUUUUCUAAUGAAAUUAUUUUUUCAAAUAUUUCAGAUUUUCUUUUCAUUAUUAAAAUUAUAAUAAACAUGUGAUGUUGUGUACACUAUCAGAACAUUUUUAUUUAUGG